GCACGCAAAGAACAUGCAAAUUUGCUUACGAUAUGUAGAAAUUUAUUAUGAAAAUAGUACAGAAAGAUAACUAUUGAGAUGUAGAUAUUGAAAAGCAGUUAAUUUGCAAAUAGUAAUCUUAAUUAAAAAUAAGCUCAGUAUAUCUGCACCUGACCGCCAAAGCGGACACGAGGACGCGUGACAACGAAGACGACGACGACAACGAAGGUGACGGGAACGAAGAGUGUGAAUUCUGGGAAAUCACGGCAGUUGUUUGGAACUGAUAACAAAUUAUUUAAAUAAAAGCGCAGCUGCAACUGCACUCGUUAAUGGAUUUUGUGUUUACAUCACAAUUGACUGUAAACAUCUAAAAAAAAACAAUAGAAAAUCUAAUCGCAACGAUCUUUAAGCGAUUAUUCCUAACGAAUUGCACAAAAUAAUAAACAAUCAUGUCCAGCAACGAGAAUGGAAGUGCCAAUGCAAAUGGAAAUGGCAAUGGAAAUGGAAAUGAAUGCAGUGCACCGAUCAGUUUGCCACUAAAAGUGAGCAGUCAAUGCUCGUUGGAAAAGGUCAUUCCGCCCUCGCCGACAUUGCAAUCUCCUGCAAUGCGUCGCAACGUCAGUGAGGGAAAUCUGAUUGCCCAGGAUGUGAAGGAGGCGCGGGUGCGAGUCAUUUACACGGGCGGCACCAUUGGAAUGAUGCGCAACGACAGGAAUGUGCUGGCUCCCAUUCCGAAUGCCUUGGUGCGGAUCAUUCGCAAGUAUCCGAAUAUCCACGAUGAGGAAUAUGCAGAGCGUCGUUUUGGAGCUGGUGCCUCGAUGGCGCCUCUUGUCCUGCCCUAUGUGCAGGGUGAGGCGAGACGGGUGCUCUACCAGGUGACGGAAUACACGCCACUGCUCGACUCCAGCAACAUGACCAUGCACGACUGGGCGCGCAUUGCCAAUGACAUCUAUCAAUCCUACGAGUUCUUUGAUGGCUUUGUUGUGCUCCAUGGCACAGAUACACUGUCCUACACGGCCUCGGCUUUGUCAUUUAUGCUCGAGAAUCUCGGCAAGACGGUGAUCAUCACUGGCUCGCAGUUGCCCAUCUUUGAGACGCGCACCGAUGGCAAGGAUAACUUUACAUCCGCCCUAAUCAUUGCCGGCAACUAUGUCAUACCGGAAGUGUGCAUCUUCUUUGGCAAUAAGCUGCUUCGUGGCAAUCGCACCGUUAAGGUCAGCUCCAAUUCAUUGGAUGCCUUCAAUUCACCGAAUGUUCCUCCAUUGGCGCACAUUGGCAUCAAUGUGAAUGUGGAUUAUCGCCUGAUCUUUCGGCCCUGCAGUGUGGAGCGUUUCUGUGUCCAUUUGCAGCUGGACGAGAACGUUGGAUUGUUGCGCAUCUUUCCCAGCAUUUCACUAUCCACAUUUCGGGCAUUUCUGGCGCCGCCCAUGCGGGGCGUCGUCCUGCAAUCCUUUGGCUCCGGCAAUGUGCCCUCGAAUCGCAAGGAUCUGAUUGACGAAUUGAAAACGGCCUCGGAACGUGGCGUCAUCAUCAUCAAUUGCACACAGUGUCCAAAUGGCUCCGUUGCCGAGAUCUAUCACACGGGCAAGGUGCUCUUCGAUGUGGGCGUUAUUCCUGGCUAUGACAUGACACCCGAGGCGGCGCUCUCCAAGCUCGCCUACGUCAUCGGCAAAGAGGAAUGGCCACUGGAGGUCAAGAAGCAGAUGAUGCAAUCGAAUCUACGUGGCGAGCUCACCUCAACGGCAGCCCUCAAAAUGGAGGAUUAUGAUCUGGUUGAUGCUGUGGCGCGUUCCUUGCACUUGUCGUCGCCUCAGGAACUGGAUCAACUGGGCGCCACAUUGUUUCCGGCGAUGAUCAAUGCCGCCGUUGCCGAGGGUGACAUCAAGAAGAUAAAUAAUCUCAAGGCAUAUGGCGCUGAUCUUUCUGGCUCGAAUCAUGAUCAUCGCACUGCUUUGCAUUUGGCCUGUCAGAUGGGCAACCUUCAAAUCGUCCGUCAUUUGCUCCACAAUGGCGUCUCGGUGCACAUUAGGGAUCGUUACGAUCGUACACCGUUGCAGGAGGCCGUGUCCACGGAUAACCAUGAGAUCAUUCAGUUGCUCAUCAGCUGUGGCGCCCAUUUGACUGGAUCCUCGCGUGCUGUGGGCGAGCAGUUGUGUGCCGCCGCCUCCCGUGGCUCCCUGCGACGUCUGCAGUCUUAUCAAUUGGCUGGCACCGAUUUGUCUCUCUCAGAUCCCUCCGGACGCACUGCACUCCAUGUGGCGGCAUUGCACGGCUUCGAGGAGUUGAUUCACUACAUGUUGCCGUACAUGGAAAAUACCGAUAAGAAGGAUAUGCUUGGCCUCACCGCUUACGAUUAUGCAUUACGUGGCAGUCACGCUUCCAUUGCAGAUCUGCUCAAUCCUGCCAAGAAGAACGAAUAAUGAAACAGCUACUGCAAUUUUAUUCGCCAGUUUACUUAACGUCUGCAGCUUGGCUGUAUUUAGAUCUGUGUAUAUCUCUCUCUCUCUCCUAGACAUGGAGUAGUCUAGUCCACAUAUAUAUAUAUAUUUUUUUUGUUCCUAUAUUAUACCAUGUGCAAUAUUUGUAAUAGCUUUAAAUUGUUGCAUUUGAUAUACAGAUAUUUUAAAGAAGAAUUCUCAUGCACUCGAAUUCAACAAUUAUUAUAAAAACAAAUGUUUGC